AUGGCUACACAAGUGGCAGCUGCGAGGCAGCCUUUUGCUCCAUUAAAUGGAUCACGGCUUCAGAAUCUCACGAGUCUCAAGAAUCGGCAAAAUGCAUUGUCCGCUCUCUCUUCGCCCAGCAAACGCAAAGCUUCCGCCUUCGAGGCCGACAACGACAACUCGGAGAACAUCGACCCUAUUAUCUUCCUCUCCCCAAAGCGGUCCAAGAACCCAGACGGAAGCUCCAAAGACCUCGUGAAACCGCAACACUUCUUCCUAACCAAAGCUCCUCCAUCUCCCAAUGAAUUCUCGUCCCUCAAACCAGUUGCUUCUCCCCGGCGACCAAUUCUACCCGCACGUUCACCAGCACCAAGACUCGAUACCUCACGCUCAACACCUCUCUCCGCACCAGCAGGCCGCUCCCCAACACGAAAACGCAUCGGCAUUACCAAUCGUAGAAAGACCGGUAGUCCCUUCACACGCGUCGAUCCUCCCAAAUUCACAGCCCCGUCCUCAGGCCUAGGAUUCAGCAUUGACGCCGCACUCUCCGGCACCAUCCCCUCCUAUACCCCCCGCGAACGCAAUGCCACCGCUUCCUCAUCCAAAGAGCACCCCAUUCCCUUGCUGCAUCAGCCAGAAGCUAAGGACUCCUGGUUCUUCGACAUCCACGAAGACACUGAGGAGGAAUUGGCGACAAACUUGAUGGAGCACUCAACUUGUACUCUGGAUAUCUCUUCUGACGAGGAGAGUAGAGCGAGAGAGAGGGAUUUCAGAGGCAAAGAGAACGUCCCUCCUCCUGAUGACAUCUCGCAGACUCGCACUUAUCUCUCUUCUACCUCGAGUGUUGAGGCUGAGCUGUCGAUGCAUGAUAUCAAGGCGCGGAUCAGGGCUAGCAGGAAGAAGAGAGAGGUGGACGAGGGCGCGUGCGAUGUUGAUCGUGCGCCACUCGGGGAUUUAGCUGCCGAGGACUUCUAUGCCGAGGGCUGUGAUGGCGAGAGUGUGUUCUUGGUUCCUGCUGAGGCGGGCGAGGAGGAGGAACAGAGUGCUGAUUGUCAUGCGACGUUCGACUUCAUCGCUGACCUUGAAGGCAAGGGAAAGGAGCUUGAUAUCGACACCCUCAUGUCUCAAGAUGGUCUUGCUCCUAAGGCUAAGCUGUUAGAGCCUAUCGAGAAAGCGGAAGAGGGCUUUGAGCUGUGGGAGAGUGGUUCCGCGAAGGAUGGAGAGUAG